AUAUUCGCUAUUAUGAUAUGCAGAAUAUUAGUUGUAAAAACGGCUUGAAUAGGAGUACAGACGCGAAGAUUUUUCACUCAAGUAGACAAUGUCAAGUAGCCAGCGAGAAAUUAACAAGUUUAUAUCAACAAGUGGCAGACCUGAAGGAAACAGUUAUAUCAUUAGAAAACAUAAUACAAUUAAAGGAUGUUCAGUUGCAAAAUAUGCAAAGAGAUAAUGGUCGACUAUCGGCUGAAUUGAAGAAACAACAAAGAUACGUGAGGAACCUGAAACAGCAGUUGGACGAUGAAAGAUUCCUCUAUCAGAGAGAAAAGGAUUUCUUUGACAGUGAAAGGCAACGACAAAAAGUACGAUGUGGUGCCUCGAAAUUAUCUCAACGAAGAAAAGAAUUAGAAGUAGUACGAGAAUGUUUGGAAGAUGAGAAUAAAUCGCUGCGAGAAGAAUUAAACGAAAAAGUGGAGACAACGUACAAUUUGUGUAUAAAGUUUUUGCGAAUGAAAUAUGCUAAGGAUUCGUUGAGGGAGAAAUUUGAUCAAUUAUUGAAGGAGCAUCUAGGAGUAAUGUCGGAUAUGAUGGAGAAAUUAGACGAAGCAAGAGAAGAACUCAAUAUAAUCGUCUCCGAAAAAUUUCAAGACCCUUUACCUUUGAGCAAAGCAAAAUUUUUGCAGGUGGUGCAACGAAACGCUCGGCUAGUUCACGAAAAUGCGACGCUCAGAGUGCAAAUACAGCAAUUGACGUUAAACAUCGAAAGAUUAAAUAACUGUAUGCAAAAGACGAAGUCAGUGAACGUAGACGCAAAAAUUAUUGCCAAACUAGCAACGCAAAAUAAAAAAAGACGUAGCAAAGAAUUUACAAAAUGGCUACCGUUUCAUUUAUAUGAAAAGGAAGUCGACAAAACUUUGUCUCUUGCUAAGUCGUCGAAUACCGAAAAUCCCGUUGAUUACUCUGGAGAUGCGAAAUUAGUGUCGAAAUUUCGAUCGGAUAGUAUAAAAAAGUACGCGGCUGCUGCGGUACAAGAAAUUCAAACUGAAGAAACACGGAAAUUUCGAACGGAACGUGCGCGCAGCGCACCAGAAAUUCGACUAGCGAAAGCACAACCAAGCUCGUCGGCGAAUAUUUGGGCAUAGCUUUUGGUCGAAUGAAUGUACGGCAUGCCGUAACGAAUACUUAGGACUACGAAUCUAGGAUGUUGUUGUAAAAAUGUAAAUGUUAUAAUUAUCUUUUUUAUAUUUAUUUUCUUUUUCGUUGAAAACAUAUCGACUGUAGAAUAUAAAAUGCGAUGUAUCAACUGUAGAUUAAGUGGCGUGAAAGUAAACUGUUUAAACGUUGUUCCACCAGA